GUCCAGCUGUGAAGAAAAAGCCGCUAUUUUUUAAUGCACGCGCGCUAAUCACGCGUGAAAUUAUGCGCAGUAGGGAUACGCAAUGCAAUACUGGGAAGGACCUUAAAGGAGCGUCGAGCCUUGGAAAUUUUCCGAAAUGUUUCAAAAGUCGUCCGUUUUAAUUCCGCCAGACGGCAUUGCCAAUUAAUUCGUCAUUUAAUCAAGAUGUUUGGUGAUGUUCUAAUGUUCAGUUAUCUGGUAAAAACAUAAUCUCAAAGUGGCGCCCAAGUUAUCAGACAGAUUAGUCCGGGGAUCAAGAUAGAAACUAAGUUUAUGAUAAUAAUGAGAGUUACACCAUUAUUCUUCUUUUUGCAGAAAAAGUGCAUGGGAAAAUGCAAGAAGGCAACAAUGCCGGGCGAACUAGUUGAAGAGGAAAACGAUCCUCACCAUCGUCAACAUCAUCCUUCUUUACCGCCUAACGCGAAAAAGUGUAUCCAUGAGUGCCACGAGGAACAUAAGCUAUCAAAACCGCCACCGCCACCAAAAGAGCCGGGCAGGGUUGCUGACGAGGAAAAUGAUCCACGCCGCCCUCGUCCUUCUUCUGGGCCUCACAUGCCGUCAAAUAUGCCGCCAACGGAAGAUGUCCGUUCUAGUCCCAGUCAUCCUCAUCCUAGUCCCAGUCGACCUCGUUCGUCCUAUUUUUUCGCUUGAGUUGGUAAGCUCAGUUUGCUUCAUUUCUAAUAGUCAUCCCUUAGUUACUGCAUGUUUUAAUCGUAAGUAACAUUGUCAAACGUUAACAAACAAUUAUUUUCUUGAGUUUCCCGGAAAGUUUUCAUGCUGAGAAUUGAGUUAUGUAACUGUAGUUUGAAACCGUACUGUAACAUUUGACUGAGCUGCUUUAUUUCAAUUUGUCCAACCAUAAUCUGUCAGAGUGGGCUAAGCGUUACAGCUUGAUGAAGUGGUCUGAUGAUUUUCCCAAGAUUCAGCUUCCUUCGAGAAACAUUAACCCAAAGUUGCACCCGAGUUAUCAGAAAGAUUAUUCGGGGCAUCAAAAUGGAAACGGAAUUCGUAAAAUAGAUGAGGUUUAUAUUGUGCUUUCUUUUGCAGGACGACGAUUGUAUAGCCCUGUCUGUAGUGUGCUCGGGAACGUAUCUGGAACUUGUGGUGUUUUGUCGGUGAGGGCCAGAUGCCUGGACAGCCUCGUCCCACGAUCAUUUUUCAAGACCACAUGAAGUUCAGGCAUGUGUAGUUGUUGUGUAAUUGUAUUGUAACAUUUGACUGAGCUGCUUAAUUACCUAAUAAUAACAGUAGUCAUCAUCAUCAUCA